CAACACUGUGAAAAUGAAAAACCCUAGGCUUUGCUUUUUCUUUUCAUCCGCCUCUUCUCCCAAAUCACACAUUCACUUAUUUGCAGCGGAAGAAGAAAAUGGCGUUCAAAAGGUACGUCGAGAUCGGCCGCGUCGCCCUCGUCAAUUACGGAAAGGACUAUGGCAAGCUCGUCGUCAUCGUCGACGUCAUCGACCAAAACAGGGCUCUUGUUGACUCCCCUGAUAUGGUCAGAAGCCAGAUGAACUUCAAGAGGCUCUCUCUUACCGACAUCAAGAUUGACAUCAAGAGGGUGCCAAAGAAGAAGACUCUUGUUGCGGCUAUGGAGGCUGCUGAUGUUAAGGGGAAAUGGGAAAGCAGCUCGUGGGGAAGAAAGUUGAUUGUUCAGAACAGAAGGGCUGCCCUCAAUGAUUUUGACCGAUUUAAGCUUAUGUUGGCCAAGAUCAAGAAAGCCGGUGUUGUCCGACAAGAGCUUGCCAAGCUUAAGAAAGAGAUUCCUGCAUGAGUGUGAUAGAAUUUUGGUUUAGGAUUUUGAAAACUGUAUUCCUAGUUAUUAAAAUCCAGAGUGUUCAAUUUGUAUCUCAUAUUUUCUUUUUUACUUGGAUCUACUCCAGUUUUUUGGCUGUUUUAACAAAAUUUCAUAUUCCAGUA